GUUAUAUCUUACCACUAAUGAUUUGUGUACUGAAAAAUACGUUAGUUCCAGAGGAAGGUGCAGAUCCUAAAGCUCACCGCAGAGUAUACAGAAAUGAGCGGGCUGCUGAUGUCUCGUCAUGGCUACUAGCACUGAAACCAUCAAGUCCAAGUCUAGUUUUCAUCAGCUGGCAUCAUAUUUCUACCUGGAAUGACACCCGUAACACAUUCAUGAGAAGACAGAGACUGCAGUACUGUAAGGCUCAACAAGAGGCCAUUAAAAAACCAAACGCAAACCAAACCAACCCAACAGUUGUGGCAUUCUCUUAUGAACGCCCCAAAGCAGAAAUCCCUCACGGAUUUAGUCAGCGCCAAAAGCUUUACGCUUUUAAUUACGUCCUGAACUUCACGUUUAGUCUGGCAAAAAUUUUGGAAAAAGUAGGUAUCACCUCAGAGGCCUAUUUCCUCAGGACUGUAAUGGAUGUAAUACCACUAUUAAAAGAUAAACAUUUUUUUAUCAAGGACUUAAGGUUUGAAAAGGUUAAAGUAAGAAUUUACCAGCCAAAAAUAUCAACCACUGGCCAAAGAAGAGGAAUCCUUUAUUUUCAUGGAGGAGCUGGACAGUUUGGAAGCAUUCGGUCUUAUGAAAGAACAUGCUGCUAUUUCGGUAGAAAAAGCGAUUCAGUGGUUGUGUCUGUUGGGUAUCGCUUAGCUCCUGAGCAUCCAUAUCCAGCCCAGUUUGAGGAUUGUCUUACAGCCACCAUACACUUUAUGAGGACCGCACAAGAUUAUGGAGUAGACCCUUCUCGCAUUAUCGUCUGCGGAGACAGUAGUGGAGGUGCACUCACUGCUGCUGUUGCCCAAGCACUGGUGAACAGAAGAGAUCUGCCAAAGCUGAGAGCCCAAGUCCUAAUAUAUCCUUUUCUCCAGGCUGUGGACUUUAAUUUGCCUUCUUAUCAGCAGAAUGAGCAAAUGCUCUUUUUGCCAAAGGAACGAGCCCUUGCUCUUGGUUUGAAGUAUCUUAAUAAAGACUUGUCAGUCAUCAAAGUAGUAGAUAAAGUUUCUCAUAUUCCAGAAGAUUUGCAACUGAAGUAUCAGAAAUGGGUGAGUCCUGACCACAUCCCUCCCGAGUUUAAAACAAGAGGCUACAAACCAAGUACAACACGUACAUUCUCGAAAGAACUCUAUACACUGUUCAAGCCUGUGUUGGACCCUGUUUUUUCACCACUGCUAGCUGAAGACAGCGUUAUUGCUCAGCUUCCUGAGGCUUUCAUUUUGACAUGUGAAUUUGAUGUUCUUAGAGAUGAUGGACUGCUGUACAAGAAACGAUUAGAGGAUAAUGGUAUAAAGGUGACCUGGUGCCAUCUGCAAGAGGGAUUCCAUGGAACAAUAUUCUUAACUGUUUGGAGUGUGAUGACAGAAUUCCUAUCUGGACAUAAAGGCCUGGAAAUGAUAGCAAAUUUUCUAAGAUUGACAUAG